UUUUUUUUCCUCAAGCCAAUUUCCAUCAUGGCGGCUGUGCUGAUGAAGUAGUUUCCUCUUUUAGAUGUACAAAUUCGUGAUGUUGCUUCUAGAUUCCUUUUCAAUGUCCAGCCAAAAGGUUCGCCAAGGUCCAUCUCCUCCGUCAGUCGAACAGAUUUUAGAAGAUUUGGCAGCGGCAAGCGACGAUGAUGUCGUGUUUAAGUCGUCUAUCGUAGCAGGAGAUUCAGCCCAAAUGUCCAAGGGAAAAGGAAACAAAGUGGUCAGUCAUUCGGAUAAUGUUAUGGAUCUCUCAGCCGGUGGAGAUACAUCUGAAAAUAAAGGAAAUGCAGAUGAACUCAAAACAAAAAGUCAAUCUAACGAGGAGCUCUAUGGUGUAGCUGCUUCAUUUUUGAAAGAAUUUAGGACAUUAGAGUCUUCUCAGGAAUGCCUCAACAGUGUGGACCAAGAUUUAAAGUCAAAGAAAGAAGAAUUAGAUGAAGCCAUCACUAAAGUAAAAGAAGCAUGGGAAGUUGAAAAACCUGGCAGUUAGUGAAAUUUCAGGUGUAAAGAGCCAGAUAAAAGCUAAAAUAAGUUCUACAUUUGAACAAGCAAUCACUUUUGAGCAGUCAUUUGUCACAUGUGCAAGGCAUAGAUCAUAUUUAAACAUGUGCUCUUACUAGAAAGAUUUGAAAAUUACUUUCCUGACAACAUCUCUUUUAUUUGGAAGUUCCUGGGGAAGGACGGCUAAGAUUUGACCCUAGAUAUUCAGUACAGUAUUACAGAGACGAACCUCUUUUUCUAAUCUGUUCAGAGAUAUUUUAUCUUUAUUCUUUUUAAUCUGUUCUGUAAUUUGAAUUUUUUCUGGUACUUUAAGCAUCUUGUCAGGCUUGCUGACAAAAAUCUAUUUUUGUGAUUAUUCAGAUUUUUUAGGUUAGGAAUGAGUGAGGGAGAUGCUGAUUUUAUUCUUUUCCAUUACCUCCUGAUUACUGAGUCCUCAAAAUUCCAUAAAACCACCAUAAAACAUUUUGAUCUUAUUGUAUUUUAAUCCCCAUUGGCUGUCUGAUGGGCAGUCAUAAUCAUUGUUGAAUUUGAUGUAUGUAAAUGUGUUCUCUUCAGCCCCUGACCUCGAGGAUAAAGUUCAUUGCUCCCGCAUCAUUAGUUAUUUUUAGACUCUUUUUACCUCUCAGUGUGCAGCAUUGAAAGCUUUAUAACUAUGAUUAUUUAUUUGAAUUCAAAGUAUUUAAAUCAGUUAAAAUAUUGCCAUGUAUAGUGGUGGAAAAAAAUAAAUUGGAUUUACAAUUCAAAGAA